AGUUCAGUGACAGUAGCUUUUUAUUUGUUGUUAACGAGAAAAAGAAGAAAAAUUCUUUCACAAUUAAAAAAAGAAAAAAGUUUUGCAAUUUUCAUAAACCAGUCGCCACCAAAACCCAAUCAAAUCAUUAGUGAUUAAAAAACACAAUAAAGUUAAACAAUGUACUCCUAAAAAUUAUAUUUAUUACAAAUAUUAACCCAGUAUAAGCUCAAAGCAGCUUAAAAAGUCUCUCUCGAACGCGGAAACAAAAAAACACAAAAAAAAACUACUCCAUCGUACACUUUUGUUAAAGUGAAGUGAGCCACCAACCAGCCCACCAAUCAAAUAAAAAACCAAAAGUAAUGAGUAAUUAUCGUCACGGCUAUUGUGGAAUUGAAGUACGCGACAUGCAUCCGAGAAUCUCUCACAACUUCACCUAUGUCUCAUCCUGUGUCAAAUACAUGAUAUUCAUGUUGAAUUUCAUAUUUUGGCUAUUCGGUGGUCUCCUAAUGGGCAUCGGUCUAUACGCCUUCAAAGAAAAAUGGGAAUCCACUGGAUGGGUACGUUUGGAGAGCUUCUACGAUGUCGUAUUGAAUAUUUCUCUUGUCAUGAUGAUUGCUGGCAUUGUUAUCUUUGUUGUUAGCUUUGCUGGCUGUCUCGGUGCUCUGCGAGAGAAUACUUGUUUGUUAAAAUUCUAUUCCAUGUGUUUGCUAUUGUUUUUCCUCUUUGAAAUGGCAAUUGCCAUUAUGGGCUUUGUCUUUCCGCACAAUAUGAACUCUUUCCUGGAAGAUUCAUUUACCGAUAAGAUAAUACACACUUAUCGCGAUGACCCGGACUUGCAGAAUCUCAUUGACUUUGCUCAGCAGGAGUUCAAGUGUUGUGGCUUGAGCAAUGCUGGCUAUCAAGAUUGGAGCAAGAAUGAAUACUUUAAUUGUUCAUCGCCCAGUGUUGAGAAGUGCGGUGUGCCGUAUAGUUGUUGUAUUAAUGCCACUGAUAUUAGUUCUGGAUUGGUUAAUAUAAUGUGUGGCUAUGAUGUGCAGGGUCAAUCUGUGGCAGCAGCUAGUAAACGCAUUUGGACAAGUGGAUGCAUUGAAAUUGUACGAGUUUGGGCGGAAAGGAAUCUCUAUACAAUUGCUGGGGUCGCUUUGGGUAUUGCUUUGAUUCAGUUGUUUGUUAUCUAUUUGGCCAAGACUUUGGAGGGACAAAUUGAUUUGCAAAAGUCUAGGUGGGCGGCGUGAGUAAAAACCUAGCAAUACAUCGCACACAACACCGGUGACAAGUAAUAUGAAUGAAUAUUUGGCAAAUUCACAAACAUAACAAAGUCACCGAUGAUAUACAACAAUUUGACUGGCUUCAACAACUCAAACGUGCUGAAUUAAAUUGAGGGGUGUUUUCUUUUUCUUAUUAAUUUUUUUAAAAUAAUUUAUGUUUUGUUUAUACUGGAAAUUUGGUUUCAUUUUAAAUUUAAAAAAGAUUUUGUUUUAUAUUCAAAUUAAGACUAGAAAAAAAAAAAUAUAAUAUGUAUAUUUAAACAAACAAAACGAACAUUGCCAUUUACAAUGAGAUAAAUACAACAACAACAAAAAAA